AUGACAACAGAAAUGGAUGACUAUGUCACUCAGGACCCCCUGGAUUACUCUGGCGACUACGACACAGGCCCCACCCAGGCCACUGGCAUGUGCGACCGGAGCUGGGUCCGGCAGUUCCGAGGUUGGUAUGAACCCCCCCUCUUCUGGACCAUUUUUGCACUGGGCGCUGUGGGAAACCUACUCGUGGUCUGGAUCUACAGCACCGUGCGCAACCGUCUGAAGACCAUGACUGAUGUCUACCUGCUCAAUUUGGCUGUGGCCGACUUGCUCUUCCUGUGCACGCUACCUUUCUGGGCGUCGGAUGCCAUUAAAGGCUGGGAAUUCGGACGGGGUCUUUGCAAGACCGUGUCGGCCGUCUAUAAGAUCAACUUCUUCAGCAGCACGUUCCUCUUGAUGUGUAUUAGCGUGGACCGCUAUAUCGCUAUCGUGCAGGUCACCAAAGCUCAGAACUGGAAGGAGAAACGUCUUUUCUACAGUAAACUAGCAUGCGUGGCAAUCUGGGUGAUCUCCACUCUCCUCGCCAUGCCCGAGUUCCUCUUCGCUCAGGUGAAAACAGGAUUGAACGGCACAUCUUUCUGUGUGAUGGUCUACUGGAACAAUGCCAACAAUCGCACCAAGAUCCUGGUGUUGACCCUUCAGAUCUGCAUGGGUUUCAUUCUCCCUCUACUUGUCAUGGUCUUCUGCUACUCAGUCAUCAUCCGCACCCUCUUGCGCGCCAGGAACUUUGAAAAACACAAAGCCCUGCGCGUCAUCUUCAUCGUGGUAUUUAUCUUCCUAGCCUCGCAGUUACCGUACAACAGCCUGCUUAUGGUCGAAGCCUCGCAAGCAGCCAACGCAACUAUUACCGACUGCGCCAUGGUCAAGAGUUUCGACGUGGCCGGACAGGUCGCUAAAAGCUUGGCGUACACGCAUGCCUGCCUCAAUCCCUUUCUGUAUGUCUUUGUCGGGGUUCGUUUCAGGCAGGACUUAUUCGGGUUGAUAAAAUCGUGCAGCCGAAGGAUGAGUAAAGACGAGAUUCCCAAAAUUUCAAUGGUUCCCAUACGACCGUCAGUUGUGACAGAUACUGAAACCACUCCGGCGCUUUCUUUAUGA